AUGUCACCCGAGGGGACUUCCAAGUAUUCGGAGAGCUAUAAUGACGAAUCAGCCAAUAUCACCCUAACAAGCUCCGAUGAUGUCCUGUUCAAAGUGAACUCGUAUGAGAUGAAAACCCACAGCUCGGUGCUGAGAGAUAUACUCAGUGAUCCUAAUUUGAAAUCUUCGACUAUCCCUAUCGAUCCCGAUUCCUCCGUAUUGAUUCUCUUUCUCGACAACAUGACAAAAUAUCCGCCUCCUCUGGUUUCGUCUUGGAAAAUGGCAGAAAGUCUCUUCUCCCUCGCGGAUAAGUACGAUUGUCGAAUCGUUCACGAAACACUCAAAUUCCGCUUGGGCCAUGUGACAAUGAUUGCACCAUGGGAGGUCUUCUGCUUUGCCAGCCAUGAAAAUGAUUUAGAUCUUGCACGUAAAGCUCUGGAGAAGAUGGGUCAAGAUUUUAGGCGCAAUGAAAUGACUUUGACAGAUAUGUCAGCAAAGGACAUACUGGAGCCUACCGCACCGUAUCUAGUCGGAUUGCUCGAUCAGUUGGGAACAAAUAGAACAGUGACCCGGAACACAAGGUCCCAUCGAAAUGAUGUGAAUUGGGAAAUCAUGGCCAAGUACUUUACUCCUCGACUGUAA